UGUCCCUCACCUGCAGUCCAUCGCCAUGCCUCUGAACCUCGGAGACACCGGCUACGGCAGCGUGGCUGGCCCGGGCCUCUCGUCCAGCGGGGCCGCCGGCUCCGCGGAGACGGCCGCUCUGCUCGUCCCGGAGCUCGAGGAGGACGAGGGAGAGCGUGAGCAAGAGUGGCGGCCCAUGAGCAAAGAAGAGCUGGAGGAGAUUGCGGGCGGGCCUGGCUGGAGGAGGCUCCGUUGCUACCUGGUGGUGCUCUUCUGGCUGGCGUGGCUGGCCAUGCUCGCGACCGCCGUGGCCAUUAUCUUCACCAGUCCACGACCUGUGGCGACGCCGCUAUCCUGGUGGCGGAAGUCGCUCUUUUUUCAACUGCAGCCUGACCUCUUCACCGGGACGCCGACUGGAAGCUCAGAGGGCGUCGACGCAUUAUGUGAUCAACUUUCCUACCUGAAGUCUUUGGGCAUCAGCGCUCUCAUCCUGAGGGGCUUGUUUGACCCGUCAAACGCAACUGACAGUGGAGAGCGCUCGGGAACCCUGACGCAGGUCCAACAUCUGCUGGGCGAGAGCGACGAAGCUGGCCUCAAAGUGGUUCUGGACGUGUGCGAUGUGCAGCUUUUCGGGGCUCGUGAAGGCCCCGAGACUCAAGACGGCUGGGACGCCACGCAGAAUGCUCUUCGGUUCUGGUUGGGUCAAGGCGUGGCGGGAUUUGUAAUAUGUGACACGGAUGGAGCUCAUAGUGAAAAGUCUCUGCUGCUGUGGAGAGGAGUGUUGGAGGAGUUCAGUAAAGAAGAUGAAGAAAGGAUUGUUGUGGUCAAGCAGAUGCGAGAGCGCCUUCCCCCACUGAGGGUCUCGAGCCAGCAGGUCAACGGCACCUUGGUGGACGUGGUCCUGAGGUCCGUGCUGCCCGCUUCGCCUCGCCCGCUGUCGGCCGGCCAGGUGGCCCAAGCCAUCGAGACUCACCUGCAGGCGCCUGAAGAUACGUGGCUGGGCUGGAUGGUUGGUGAAGAAGGACCUCAUGAUUUAAGGAAACUGCUGCUGGUGUUGUUAAUGACUCUGCCAGGGACACCAGUGGUCCAAUAUGACCAAUUGUACCCCGCACAGGGAGGAAAUGGCAGCGAAUCUUCUGAAGAUAAGUUCAAGUCAAGGCAUUCCACAGUGGCCCUCUUCAGCUCCCUGAGUCACAACAGAGCACGUGAAGAAGCGCUCGUUUUCGGCAGCUUCACCUUCCUCCCCUUCAACGCCACCCUGUCCUCUGCCACCUCCUCACCUCCCCUCUUAGCGUUCCUUCGUUCGUGGGGCUGCGUCCACUUCCUGGUCUUGCUCAACGCUGGGUCCGAGCCCCACAGCCUGGAUCCCGCCUGGGCGCCCCACCUGCCCCAGGCCGGCGUCUUUGUGGCCGGGACGGCGGGUGACCGCCUGGGCGCCGUCAGCCUCGACGCGCUGGUGCUGCGGCCCCGUGAAGCUGUGGUCGUCAAACUGUUUGAGCCUGGAAGCUACUCGUAAAAUACACAACAGUUUUUAAAAAUUGCUAGUCAACAUGAUGGGUGUUAUUGAGUGUAAAAUAACCACUGACAAAUGUUAUACUGAGAACCGCUAGGUGGCGGUAUUGAACAAUAAAACUACCUUCAGUGGUCCUCAAACCUUUGGACAUGAAGUACCGCCUGA